GUGGUGUGUCCCCCGCAGCCUGUUUCACUGGCCGUCCUGUAUUCCUGGAGGCCGGUAUCUUCAGUGUGGGCACCCGGCUGUGAUAGCUUGCGGCCUCACACCCGGGUACCCACUGUGCAUGCGCGAGUAGUGCUGUGCUUCAUGAAUGGUCCUGUAGUCUUCUGGGACCUGUCACGUGUCCCAAAAGACUACAGGGAGGGAGGGAGGGAGGACACCUUCCGCUUCCGAUCGCCUAGGCCGGUGGGAGCGGGUACCUGUCAAAUUCGGGUACCCGCCCCCCAAAGGUGCCAAUCCUUAAUGAGGAGCAGUCCUUAAAGUGGAACAUCCCCUUUAGGGUGGAGCUCUGCUUUAAAA